AUGUGGAGAUAUAAUACAUUCUUUACGCCCUUUAUCAAUCAUUCAUUCAUUCCAAUCCCAAGCUCUAACCAAGUCAGUUUGAAAAAACAAAACAAACAAACAGAUACAGUUCAGUGCGAUCAUCUCAUCAACAACAAUGGCAGCAGCAUCUUCAGACGACACCAAAAACAGCAGCAGCAACCUUCCUCUGAAACCCAUCCCUGGAAGCUACGGCCUCCCCUUCUUCGGAGCCAUGCACGACCGCCACGACUACUUCUACAACCAAGGCCGCGACAAAUUCUUCGCCACCCGAGUCGAGAAGUACAACUCCACCGUCAUCCGAACCAACAUGCCUCCUGGCCCCGGCAUCUCCUCCGACUCCAAAGUCAUCGCACUCCUCGACUCCGCCUCCUUCCCGAUCCUCUUCGACAACUCCAAAGUCGAAAAACGCGACGUCCUUGACGGCACCUUCAUGCCCUCCACCGGCUUCACCGGCGGCUACCGCGCCUGCGCCUUCCAAGACACCACCGAACCCUCCCACAAACUCCUCAAAACCUUCUUCAUGCAAGUCCUCUCUUCCAAACACAACACCUUCCUCCCUCUCCUCCGCACCACCCUCUCCGACCACUUCUCCGAUCUCGACUCCCAGCUCGCCGGAAAAUCAGGAAAAGCCAGCUUCAACACCUCCAUCAGCGCCGCCACGUUCAACUUCCUCUUCCUCCUCCUCACCGAUAAACACCCCUCGGAAACCGUCAUCGGCGACAAAGGCCCCGGCCUCGUCACCGCCUGGCUCGGAGCUCAGCUUGCACCACUCGCCACCCUCGGCCUCCCGAAAAUCUUCAACUACGCCGAAGAUUUCCUCAUCAGAACCAUCCCAUUCCCGGCGUGGACAGUGAAAUGGAGCUACAAGAAACUCUGCGAGGGUUUCGCUUCCGCCGGCGCGUCGCUUCUAGAUGAAGCAGAGCGCGUGGGAAUUAAAGGAGAUGAAGCGGAACACAACCUGGUUUUCAUGCUCGGGUUCAACGCGUUCGGCGGGUUAACGAACCAGUUCCCGAUCCUCAUCAAAUGGAUCGGUUUAGCCGGACCGGAACUUCACGCGAAACUCGCAGAAGAGAUCAGGACCGUUGUUAGGGAGUCAAACGGGGAGGUAAGUUUAUCAGCGUUGGAUAAGAUGACUUUGACUAAAUCAGUCGUCUACGAGGUACUGAGAAUUGAACCGGCGGUGCCGUACCAGUAUGCAAAAGCGAGGGAGGAUGUGGUGGUGGAGAGUCACGAUGCGGCGUUUGAGAUCAAGAAAGGGGAGAUGAUUUUCGGGUAUCAGCCGUUUGCGACGAAGGAUCCGAAGGUGUUUGAGAAUCCCGAGGAGUUUGUGGGCCAUAGGUUUGUUGGGGAGGGAGAGAAGUUGUUGAAAUAUGUGUAUUGGUCUAAUGGCCGUGAGACGGAGGAGCCCACGGUUGAUAAUAAACAGUGUCCGGCGAAGAAUCUGGUGGUGCUGAUGUGUAGGUUGUAUGUGGUGGAAUUUUUCUUGAGAUAUGAUACUUUUACUUUUGAGUUCAAGCCAGUGGUUUUGGGUCCUAAUGUUACCAUCGAGUCACUAACCAAGGCCACCACCACAGUCUGAUGAUCAAUCAACAGUUCAACACCCCACCCCUACCUAAAAGUUGUCGUGAUUUGCGUGAAAUACCUUUUUGUUGUUAUUGUUAAUUAAUGUAAUAAAAUAAUCAAAGUACAAUGUAUGUUUUGCUCUCUACGUACUCUGGGUAGGGAGGUGUACACUGUAUACUACAGUAUGCAUGUUUAAUUAAGGUUUUACUGAGAAUUACAUUGAGUAGUAA